UGAAAUUGCAAUUUGUUCGAAAUGGAAGAAAUGGAUUACCUCCAAUUGAUUCAAAAAAUUCUGGUGGUUUUGGUUUCUCUUUAUCUCUUUCGGAAGAUCAUCAAACAUAUGGCGAGUUUCAUGAUUGUAGAAAAGGAACCUUUGAGGGUUCUAGUAACUGGUGCUGCAGGGCAAAUAGGCUAUGCUCUUGUCCCUAUGAUUGCCAGGGGAGUGAUGUUGGGGCCAGAUCAGCCUGUUAUUCUGCAUAUGCUUGAUAUUGAACCUGCUAUGGAGGCCUUAAAUGGGGUAAAAAUGGAGUUGAUCGAUGCUGCGUUUCCCCUCCUCAAAGGUGUUGUUGCCACCACAGAUGCUGUUGAGGCUUGUAAAGAUGUUGACAUAGCAAUUAUGGUUGGUGGGUUUCCUAGGAAAGAGGGAAUGGAAAGGAAAGAUGUGAUGUCUAAAAAUGUAUCCAUCUACAAAGCUCAAGCUUCGGCUCUGGAGAAGCAUGCAGCUCCAAACUGCAAGGUGCUAGUUGUUGCCAAUCCAGCCAACACAAAUGCACUCAUCCUGAAAGAAUUUGCUCCUUCAAUCCCCGAGAAAAAUAUCUCAUGCCUUACGCGACUUGAUCAUAAUAGGGCUCUUGGCCAAAUCUCAGAGAGGCUAAACGUAGAUGUCAGUUAUGUGAAAAAUGUCAUCAUAUGGGGUAACCACUCUUCAACUCAAUAUCCUGACGUGAAUCAUGCGACUGUCAUUACUGGCAGUGGGGAGAAAUCCGUCAAAGAACUUGUUGCCGAUGAUCAAUGGCUGAAGACUGAGUUCAUCACCACUGUUCAGCAACGAGGUGCAGCCAUCAUCAAAGCCCGAAAGCUGUCAAGUGCAUUGUCUGCUGCCAGUGCUGCCUGUGAUCAUAUACGCGAUUGGGUUCUUGGCACUCCUAAGGGGACAUGGGUAUCUAUGGGAGUGUACUCAGAUGGGUCUUAUGGGAUCCCAUCAGGCCUUAUCUACUCCUUCCCUGUUACUUGUGAGAAAGGAGAAUGGUCAAUUGUGAAGGGUCUCAAAAUCGAUGAGUUUUCAAGGGAAAAGAUGGAUGCCACAGCAAACGAGCUCAUUGAAGAGAAAUCUUUAGCUCAUUCAUGCGUUAAUUGAUAUAAUGUACGCUUCACUUCCAUCAAAUAGAAAAGAUGAAAGAAGAAAGAGAACAGAGGAACAUC